AUGCAAGUCGUGUGCGACUUCGCGCACCUGAAGAUGGUGCACGGGACGGUGCCCAUCGGGAAGAUCAUCUACGCGAACCUGAAGGAGCUGGCGAGGAACCAAGAGUACAGAUUCGACGAGGAAAUAAAAAACUUCACCAAACUGAGAGAAGAAAUAGUAAUGAUGCAGCAUAAAGGGAUGAACGGAAAUUUGCUAAAAUUGUACAAGGAGUAUUUAUUUUACUUUGAGACGUUUAGGAAGAAAAAUUUACUGAAGGAGAAAACGAAACUGCUAUGGAGUAAUGACGCAUUUAAUGAGUACAAAAGAGUGGAGUACGAAUUUGAGAGGGAGCACAUUUUGAUCAUAUUUAACAUCGGCCUGGUGGCAGCGACUUUGUUAAAAAUGAAAAAGAAUUCUGAAGAUGUGAAGAUGCUAAACAGAAUGUCUAACGACGUGGUGGAGAUAUUCAAUUAUUUAUUUGUUAAUAUGAAUGGAGAGAAGAUGCCAGAGUUGCCAGACAUAAACUGCGUAACGUGUUACGUCUUUUUGUGCAUAUCUAUGGCGUAUCACGAGAAUAUGUUUUACAAUACAGCUUUGGUGAAGAAGUACAAGAGGAAGUUACUGGCGAAACUUUCUUUUAACAUACACUGUCAUUUUAAAAAUGCGCUGACUUGCCUGGAGGGGAAGGAAUUGCAUUUAUUUUUUAGGAACCCCUCCAAAGUUUCAUCCUCCCCGGAGAUAAAAUCCAAUUUGCAUCGCAUCAGAAGUAGUAGCAGUCCGUUUUAUAACUUCCUCCAAGUGAAUAAGAUCAUUUUCAUUUGCAUUAGCAAUUUCCACACAGCUCUGAAGCACGCCACAGUACAUUCGGAGAGUUUGGACGACAGUUUAAAAAUUGAAAAAUAUGAAGUAGACAAAAUUGGGGAAAUUAUAUGUCGACUCAAGUACAGCCAGGAGAACGUCCAACGAUGUGCAGACCUUUGCAAGAGGUACAAUUUUAACAUCAAUCUGUCCUCCUUGAGGGGAAAAAUUGACACAGCCCUGGACUAUUUCGAGCACGAAAAUAGGAACAUUUAUUUUGAGGUCAUUCCUAGUUAUGAGAGCCUCGGCGAGAUAAAGGGCACUUCGGAGGUGAUCAAACUGAAGGAGAUAGACGUGUCUUCCAUAUAUACGAAAAAGGACACCAUUUCUUGCAGCCUGAAGUUGCUCUUUAAUGAGAAGGCGGAGUUAGUUUACAAUCUGUAUAAUAACGAAGCCAUCGCUGUGUAUGGCACGUUUUAUAAAAAUUUUUUGAGUCUACGGGAUCAGUAUAACUUAAUAAAUUUGAGCUGCCGGAAAAACGUCCUCCUCAUUCUUCACAAUGUUAUCAUCAGCACUUAUAAUAAAAUCACCAACCUGCAUAGGCCCACUCAUUUUGAAAACAACUUAACUUUUUUGCAAAACGUGGAGCAGAAUCUGAAGGAAAUCUUAACCCAAGUGGAGAGCAGUCUAACAGCCGAGCAUACCAACCACGUAGAAUUCCAGAGGAAGUUCCUAAACGUAGGAAUUAACCAAGAAUCGGUCAAUUCGUAUAACUCCUUUUUGUACCAUUUGAAUGUUUUUAAAAAAUCAUUAGAGGAAAUUCACUCCGGUGUAGAGUCCUUUCGACUGUUCCUUCAGGACAAUCACAUGCAUUUCCAGAUCUGUCAAAUGGAUGUCUCUACCUUUGCCAAGUACAUCGUGGACGACUUGAAUACCUGUACGAGCGUCAACAUAGAAUCGUUAGACCAUGAAUAUGUGCACUAUAAAAAUUUGCUCUCCGAAGAUAGGCAUAGUGAGACCAACUCCGUCAGCAGCGUCGGCGAUUUGUCUGAAUUAGCCCCUGGGAUGAUACCCUCUUUGAAUUACUUCGAUUUCCAUGCCUUCCUGAAGAGCCACAAUUUGACUUACGGGGCCCAGAAUGGCAACGCCGCUAAUCAGAAGAACCUCUUCCACUUCGACGCUGUGAAUAACUACAUCAACGUGCACUCGGAGGAGAAGCUCUUCUUCGUCAUCCUCGCCAUUUACUUUUCCCUGAGCAUUCAGCUGGCCGCGUUCGGCGCCGAGCUGGAGGAGCUCAAGAGCAGCAUGCACGACGUCUUCCUCAACUCGAUCUCGGAGGAGCGCGACGAGGACAGGCUGAACGACCUGCUGCAGAAGCAGAAGGUCGCCCUCAGCGCCAAGAAGGCCAAGCUGGAGGAAAGCCUGGCCUCUUUCGAGAAAAACCUCAACCAGUUCUACGACUACUUUCACGAGUACAACAAGCUGGACUACUUCAAGACGAUCGAGGACCUGAACGCCUUCACCAACAACCUCAUGGGCACCGUCGAGAAGCUAAACGAGAUGAACAAGAAGCAUUCCUACACGCUCAAGAACUCGCUUGUGUUUAAGGACGACAUAAACAGAUACAUAUACAUGCGCGAGAGCGAGCGCUCCACUAUUAGAGUGCAGCAAAUUCCGAAUGGCUACUCGCAAAACAUCCACAACAGCCACGAGCGCUUUUACUGA